AUGAUACAGGACAAGCACGGAGGUGAUGCUGGCGGCGACGGCGGAGGCGCAAACGACUGGAACGACGGCGAGGACCGUCGGGGGCUGCUAGCCAGCAACGACUUCAACCAUGAUGGCGACGGCAAGGAGGCGACCUCGCUACCCAACGGCAGCAGCGGAGGCGACGAAGAGCAACCGCAACAGCAGCCACAGAUACGGCCACCCGGACGCGUACGCUUCAAUGACGUCCCCGAGGUGGUGCGCAUGAGCACCGCCUCGUCGCGGCCCUCCGGCGACGACCGUUACAACAGCCUCGACGACGACGACCUCGACCCUCGCCACACCCUCGACCUCGAGGACCCCCUCCACGACGACCACGACGACGAUGACCACGACGGUGACCACCGGAUGCCGCUCCUCACGAGCAUGGAGGCGCCGUCGGUCGCGCUCGCCAACGACCUCGACGACGCGGUCGAGCAGGAGCUGCGGCGGCCCAAGUCCGGGCUGCGCUCCGCCUUCAUGAACAUGGCCAACUCCAUCAUCGGCGCGGGCAUCAUCGGGCAGCCGUACGCGAUCCGGCAGGCGGGCCUGCUCGCGGGCGUGCUGCUGCUCGUCGGGCUCACCGCCAUCGUCGACUGGACCAUCUGCCUCAUCGUCAUCAACAGCAAGCUCAGCGGCACCAGCAGCUUCCAGGGCACCGUCGCCCGCUGCUUCGGCCGUCCGGGCCUCAUCGCCAUCUCCCUCGCCCAGUGGGUCUUUGCGUUUGGCGGCAUGGUAGCCUUCGCGGUCAUCGUCGGCGACACCAUCCCGCACGUGCUGCUGGCCGUCUGGCCGGGCUUGCGCGGCGUGCCGGUGGUCGGCCUGCUGGCGGACAGGAGGGUGGCGAUCGCGGUGUUCGUCAUGGGCAUCAGCUACCCGCUCACGCUGUACCGCGAUAUCGCCAAGCUCGCAAAGGCGAGCACGUUUGCGCUGGUCGGCAUGCUGGUUAUCGUCGCGACGGUGCUGGUGCAGGGCCUGCUGGUACCGUCCGAGGCGAGGGGCCACUUCAGCCUGCCGCUCCUGACGAUCAAUACGGGCAUCUUUCAAGCCAUUGGCGUCAUUUCUUUCGCCUUUGUCUGCCACCACAACUCCCUCCUCAUCUACGGCUCGCUGCGCACGCCCACCAUCGACAACUUCUCGCGCGUCACGCACUACUCGACCGGCAUCUCGAUGCUCGCGUGCCUCGUGCUCGCUCUCGGCGGCUUCCUCGUCUUCGGCGACAAGACGCUCGGCAACGUGCUCAACAACUUCCCCUCGGACAGCGUCAUGGUCAACGUGGCGCGCCUGUGCUUCGGCCUCAACAUGCUGACGACGCUUCCGCUCGAGGCGUUUGUGUGCCGCGAGGUCAUGCUGACGUACUGGUGGCCCGACGCGCCGUUCGACCUCCGCCGGCACGUCGCGCUCAGCACGGGGCUCGUCGCCUCGGCCACGCUGCUGAGCCUCGCGACGUGCGACCUCGGCGCCGUCUUCGAGCUCGUCGGCGCGACGAGCGCCGUCGCCAUGGCGUACAUACUCCCACCCAUGUGCUACAUCAAGCUGACGACGCGCAGCUGGCGCACGUACCUGGCCGGCGCCAUCGUCGUCUUUGGUGGACUUGUCAUGGUCAUCUCCGUCAUCCAGGCGAUCGGGAAGCUGGUGAAUAACAAAGAUGGGCCGGUGCAGUGCCAAUAA